AUGUGUGAUGACGGCAGCUGUAGAGCCGGUGAAGCAACCAUGCUUCCUGACGAGGCUGACAAGCACAUCAACCUGAACGUCGGCAUGAAGAUGGCGAGUAGAUACAUUGCAGAUCAGAUGCUGGAGCAGCGGCAUCUCAAAGUCCUGCACAAGACGCUAUCUACCGCCUGGAACAGGACCGGCCAGGUCCAGUCGCUGUCUGCAGCUAUCGCCCUGAUGGAGCAGUACGGCGUGGAGCUGACUGACGAAGAGGUACAGCGGAUAGCUUCCAUGGAGCAGGAGCAGCAAAUAGCAGCCUUGGUGAACAAGAUGCCGCAAGAGUCCAACGAGCAGUUCCAGCAGUUUUUCCUCCAGCUUCAGCUCUUGGUCUCCACGGCCAUGCGGGUCCGAAAUGGGCUGGAGGAUGGUGCGCCAGAGAAGGUUGCCAGCGCCUUGGAUGACGCCGACAGCACUGGAGUGACCCAGCACAUCCUCAGGAUGGCCGUGGUCCAGGCUGGCAGCGAGGCGUCGAUGCAGAUGCUGGAGUACGAGGCGUGGGUCCGAGAGGCCGAUGAGCAGAUGGCCCGGCUGAUUCGGGGCCAGGAAGAUGCCAUGGCUGCCAGGAAGAAGCUGGCUACGCUGCAGGCGCAGCUCCAGCAUCAGCGAGACGAGCACAAGGAGAAGUCCAGCAAGGUCUGCAUGAACUUCGUGUCUGGGAUGACUCAGCAAACGAAGCUAGCAUGCUUCCAAGGCUGGCUGUCUUGCGCGAGACGAGCGAAACAGGAGGGCUCCAUUGCCAGAGAGUUCGAGGAGCAGCUGGAUGGCAUUCAGCGGCGGCUCGUCGACUACAGGCAGUCCUCCCUGGCCAACGUUCGCAGCUACCUCGCCAAGAAGGCUGCCGUUAAGGAGGUCGACUUGACUGCAGAGGUGCUGAACCUUUGGUACACAGUCGUCGCCGAUCAAAAAGAGACCGACGCAUUGGCUGGCCAGGUGGACGAGCUUAGUAGCAAGCUCGCCUCCACUCAAGGCGCUCAGAAGGAGACCACGAAGAGGGUCAUGGAGCGCAUGAGCGCCGCCCGGGAUCGUUCACUGCUGGGACAGUGUGUGCAAUGUUGGGUUGCAGAGGUGGAGGACAGCAAGAAGCAGGGCAUGAUGCACGAUGUCUUAUCUGAUGCCAAAGCCCGUUUGCAGUCCUUCCUGAAGGGCAAAUCGGAGUCCUCGAUGAAGGUUCUGAAAAUGGCGCUUGGUGGCACCGACACUGGACUCUUGACCCAGGCUCUCGGCUGCUGGAAAUCUCAAGUGCUUGAUUUGAAAAAGGAAGCAGAAUUGGAAAGAAUAGUGCAAGCGAAUGCCAAGCAGAUGGCUGACUAUGGCGACAAGAGGAAAGCCGUGGCAAAGGCUGCCAUGGAGAGAGUCCAAUAUUACUCGGAGCAAUCCCUCCUCAUGGAGACAUUCCACAACUGGAGGCUAGACACCAGGGUGGAGGUGACGCUCCAGAAGUACCACAUACGCAUCGAAGCAAAGCGCCAACAGCUCGCCGGAGUGCAUCAGAUGUUCCGCACCUUCGCGCACCAGCUUGAGACAAGCCUGAAGAAGAGUGUGGACUCGGAGAGGGCGUCGACCCUGAGGAGGACGCGGACCCUCCACAAAGCAGACACCGGCACUGUUUCCCUCCCAGAUAUCCACAAGCCUGGCUCUCCUUCAGGAGAUCCGAUCAAGGCAGAGGCGACACUGCCACGCACGGCCUGGGGAUGA